UGUUACCUUUACCAAUUCUUUUAUAUUCAAAAUUUUUGGCAUCGACAAGGUCGCCGUCGUCGUCGUCGUCGUCCUGUUGGGGGAGCAAUUUACCGAUCAGGAUGCUCCCUCUCUCCGUCGUUCCCUUCAUCUUUCUUCUUCAAUUCAGUCUCUCUCUUGCAUCAACUUCCUUGAAUCAGCCUUCGGAUGCCAUAAUUUUCCCGAUCAAGGACGGACGACAGCAGAGAGAAUUCGAUUACUUCAAAUUGGCCCUACAAUGGCCUGGUACUAUCUGCAAGGCCACUCGCCAUUGUUGUUCCUCCAACGCAUGCUGUAAUCGAUCUGGUGCUUUUGCUGACUUUACAAUUCAUGGGUUAUGGCCUGAUUAUAAUGAUGGAACGUGGCCUGCAUGUUGUGCUGGAAAAAAAUUUAACGAGAAGGAGAUUCAUACCUUACUUGAUCCCCUGAAGAAAUAUUGGCCAUCUUUGAGUUGUAAUUCACCUUCAACUUGCCAUGGUGCGAAGGGAUCAUUUUGGGCUCAUGAGUGGGAGAAGCAUGGAACUUGUUCUUAUCCAGUAGCUCGUGAUGAAUACAGUUACUUUUUAACUACUCUCAAUGUCUAUUUCAAAUAUAAUGUCACAAAAGUUCUAAAUGAUGCUGGAUAUGUACCUUCAAAUACUGAGAAAUAUCCUCUGGGAGGAAUCAUUUCAGCAAUUCAGAAUGCUUUUCAUGCCACCCCUUCAUUGGAAUGUAAAAAUGGUGCAGUGGAGGAACUUUAUUUAUGUUUCUACAAGGACUUCAAGCCUCGUGACUGUGCUCAGACCCACUCACAGAAUGGUAUCAUUUCUUCAAAAUUUUCAUGUCCCAAAUAUGUGAGCUUACCAGCAUAUAAGCCUGAAGCCAAGAUUUUCAAGUUCACCCAUUCAAGUAGGCAAUAUUUAAGUGCUUAAUUUUCACUCUUUUGAUGUCAUUUCUCUGCUUGAGAUGUAUAUGAAUCUGUAAUGUGUUAUGUUUCUAAUACUUUACCUUUUGGAAGACCUAAAGUUGGAAUUUUAUACGCUGAACAUUUAAUUUGAUCAAUCACUUUCUUGAACUA